AUGCAUCGGCUGACCUGCGGCUGCAAGUUCGCCGACCCCGACACGGUCGUCCCCUCCGCGGCGGCGGCGUCGCAUCGCGUGCGGCCGGACACCAUGAGCUGCGGCAGCGACGGGUGCAGGGACGGCGGCGGCGGCGAGGGGUUCGGGCGGUCGCGGCCGAGCAAGGUCGCGGCCGACGACUCGGUGGAGCCCGCGCGGUGCUCGGACGCCACCUCGCCGCCGGGGUCCUGGAUUGACAGGAAGCUGCUGGUCGAUCCCAAGAUGCUGUUCGUCGGAUCCAAGAUUGGGGAGGGCGCCCACGGCAAGGUCUACACGGGCAAGUAUGGUGAUCAGAUUGUAGCCAUAAAAGUUCUCAACAGUGGCAGUACCCCCGAAGAAAAAGUAACACUUGAAGAUCGUUUCAUCCGAGAAGUCAAUAUGAUGUGUAAAGUGAAACAUGAUAAUCUUGUGAAGUUCAUUGGAGCCUGCAAGGAACCAUUGAUGGUGAUUGUAAGUGAGCUGCUACCAGGGAUGUCGCUGAAAAAUUACUUGAACAGCAUCCGGCCCAGCCAACUAGAUAUCCAUACUGCAUUAGGCUAUGCACUCAACAUAGCUCGUGCAAUGGAAUGUUUACAUGCCAAUGGAAUAAUACACAGAGACCUGAAACCUGAUAAUUUGUUGCUUACUGCAAACCGUAAGAAGCUGAAGCUUACUGAUUUUGGACUCGCACGAGAGGAAACUGUGACUGAAAUGAUGACGGCUGAAACUGGGACAUACCGAUGGAUGGCCCCAGAGUUAUACAGCACUGUCACACUUCAACGUGGUGAAAAAAAGCACUACACAAAUAAAGUGGAUGUGUACAGCUUUGGCAUCGUCCUGUGGGAGUUGCUGACCAAUAAAAUGCCAUUCGAAGGCAUGUCGAAUCUACAAGCUGCAUAUGCUGCUGCUUUUAAACAAGUACGCCCAGCUUUUCCUGAGGACACCCCCCAGGAGCUCGCGUCCAUCGUGCAGUCAUGCUGGGUCGAGGACCCUGCUAUGCGGCCCAGCUUCAGCCAGAUCAUCCGCAUGCUGGAUGCCUUCCUCACGACGAUCCCUCCGCCGCCCCCUUCGGAGGCAGACGAGGACGCGACGGAGUCGGAAGACACAACGUCGUCGCUGAGCAGCAAGAGCUCCUCGGUCUCCUCCAUCGUUUCCCGUGCGACAAGCAAGCUCUCGGUCGUCCGCCAUCUGUUCGCCUCGAAGAAGGGGGGCAGCAAUGGGAAGGCAUGA